CACGUCACUGCUGUGUUUUCCAUUGUCCACAUAACAUGCUGCUAACAGGAGAGGAGCUGCUUUGUUCCUUAUAGUAGAAAAAGAACUACAAAUGGACCGUAGUUUGAAGCGCCGGCAGGUGAAGCCACUUGCUGCCUCUCUCUUGGAUGCCUUGGAUUAUGACAGCUCAGAUGACAGUGACUUUGAGGUCGGAGAUGCAUCAGGAUCAGAUGGUACUGGCAACGGCAGUGAUGAGGAAGGGUCCAAAGCGAGUGCCGCGGGUUCAGAGAGCGACUCGGAAAACGCAGGAUCUGCAGACGAUGGUAUAGAUGAGGACGAGGCCAAAGACCUGGCUGCUGAGGACAAUUUAACGGAGGACGAAGACAAGAACAAACAGCAGCCUUCCUCAGACAGCUCCACCAAAGACACCCCCGCUGCCACUCUGCCCAAAGGCCGGCGCAAGAGCAAGAAGACCCCCGACCCUGAGCCCGCAGCGCCACCUGCGAGCAGCGAAACUACCUCGGCGUCAGGGUCUGGCAGCGUGAACACUGAAGAGUCUCAGGCUGAGCCCAAGAAAUGGAAUUUCCGCAGGAACCGUCCCCUGCUGGACUUCACCACCAUGGAAGAGUUGAAUGAAAUGGAUGACUACGACAGCGAGGACGAUAAUGACUGGAGACCCACUGCAGGAAAGAAGAAAGGCAAAGCAGCCACACAAAAAGGAGGCCCAGAGGAAGAGGAAGGCGGAAGCGCGAGUGACGAUGAUGACGACGACGAUGACGACGAUGAUGAUAAUGACGACGACGACGAUGACGACGACGAUGAUGAUGAGGAUGACGAUAAGGAAGAUGGUGAUGACAACAAUAACAGCAGCAGUGACAGUGAGAAGGUGAUGAAGAAGCCUAAGAAGAAGGUGAAGCCCACCAAGAGCUCCAGUGCUUUUGAUGAAGAGUUGACAAAUGACAGCAUGUCCCAGGGAAAAGGCAACGAGGAUGCCUUGCUGGACCGGUCCCAGACCUGGAGCACGCAGCGGAUGGAGCACAUCCUCAUUUGUUGUGUUUGUUUGGGAGACAACAGUGAGGACGCAGAUGAAAUCAUCCAGUGUGACAACUGUGGGGUGACGGUGCAUGAAGGGUGUUACGGCGUCGACGGCGAGAGCGACUCCAUCAUGAGCUCCGCCUCAGAGAAUUCUACAGAGCCUUGGUUCUGCGACGCCUGUAAGAACGGGGUGUCUCCCAGCUGUGAGCUCUGCCCCAACCAGGACGGGAUCUUCAAAGAGACCGAUGCUGGGAGAUGGGUGCAUGUGGUGUGUGCACUUUAUGUUCCCGGAGUUGCAUUCGGAGACAUCGAUAAGCUACGACCAGUGACGCUCACAGAGAUGAACUAUUCAAAAUACGGAGCGAAGGAGUGCAGUUUCUGCGAGGACGCCCGCUUUGCCAGGACUGGUGUGUGCAUCAGCUGUGAUGCAGGGAUGUGUCGCUCCUACUUCCAUGUCACCUGUGCACAGAGGGAGGGCCUUCUGUCUGAGGCUGCAGCAGAAGAGGAUAUUGCUGAUCCUUUUUUUGCGUACUGUAAACAGCAUGCAGACCGCUUUGACAGAAAGUGGAAAAGAAAGAAUUAUUUGGCAUUACAGUCCUACUGUAAGGUCUCUCUGCAGGAGAGAGAGAAACAGCUUACUCCUGAAGCUCAGGCCCGGAUCACCACUCGGCUGCAGCAGUACCGGGCCAAAGCGGAGCUGUCCAGGAACACCCGACCUCAGGCGUGGGUGCCCCGGGAGAAGCUACCACGACCUCUGACCUCCAGUGCCUCAGCCAUCAGGAAGCUGAUGAGGAAGGCUGAACUGAUGGGCAUCAGCACUGACAUUUUCCCAGUGGACACAUCUGACGCCAACGCCAGUUUGGAUGGACGCAGGAAACACAAGCAACCCGCCCUCACAGCUGACUUUGUCAAUUACUACCUGGAGCGGAACAUGCGAAUGAUCCAGAUCCAGGACAACAUCUCCGAGCAGAAGAACUUAAAAGACAAGCUGGAGAGCGAGCAAGAAAAACUGCACGUGGAGUACAACAAGCUCUGUGAAUCCCUGGAGGAGCUGCUGAAUGUCAACGGGGAUCUGCGUAGUGAAGGCCAGACCAUGUGGACUCUGCUGGGGGGCAUCGUGGGCCAGAAACUAAACACUCCAGCUGUUCUGAAAGCUCCCAAAGAGAGGAAGCCCAGCAAAAAGGAAGGAGGAAGCCCGGGGAAGUCAUCCAGCCUCCCGGCAAUCCUCUACAGCUGUGGGAUCUGUAAGAAGAACCAGGACCAACACCUACUGGUGCUGUGUGACACCUGUAAGCUCUACUAUCACCUAGGCUGCUUGGAGCCACCACUAACACGUAUGCCCAAGAAGACCAAGAACAGCUACUGGCAAUGUUCCGAAUGUGACCAGGCCAGCAGUGAUGAGGCUGAUAUCGCCAUGGAGACGCUACCCGACGGUACCAAGAGAUCCAGGAGGCAGAUCAAGGGACCGAUCAAGUUCAUCCCACAGGAGAUGUCGCCAGAGCCCAAGAAACAUCAAGUGAGAGGCACGAGAACCCGAGGACAAAAGAGGAAGAGGGUGCCAAUAUGUGAAGACAGAGAAGAUAAAAUUGAGGAACCACUGCCACGGGAACGCCGACAACGUCAGUCUGCAAUGCAGAAAAAACCCAAAGCUGACGACACGAGGACUGAGUGCACGACGUGCAAAGGACCAGGCGACAACGAGAACCUUGUGAGGUGUGACGAGUGCCGGCUCUGCUAUCACUUCGGGUGCUUGGACCCCCCACUGAAGAAAUCCCCCAAGCAGACGGGAUACGGCUGGAUCUGCCAGGAGUGUGACACAUCAUCCUCGAAGGAGGAAGAGGAGGAACAGCCGGAGGAAAACAGCACCGUUAAAGAGGAAACGCCGGAGCAGGAGAUUCUAAACUGACCUGGACCGAGCGGACGCACACACACACACACACACACACACCACAGGUUUUAACGUUUUCUGUCCUGACGAUAGCACACAUGACUUUUCUACGAACAUCCCAAAGUUGAUGGACAGCCAGCACUUAGCUUCAACUCCAGAUAGUUUAGCAACCAGAGGUAUUUUAGAAAACACUAUUUAAAAGAGGACGCCUUUAGAUUCAAGGGUAGAGUUUGUACGUACGUUUUAUGGGCGGGGCUUAACAGACGGACAGAAUGUCUUCACGGGGCAGCACAUGAAAGCGUCUGUCCACUUCAUCCACACUGUGAUGCCCUCACACAUGGUAGGUUUCUGCUUUUAGGCGCACACACACACACUCACCCGCACACACACACACACACCUUCUCGUAGAGUUGGCUUGGACGUGUGUGUUAACUAACCUGCCGCCUGAUGUAUUUGUGAGUCCACGCAAUCUAUUUUCAUACACUAACGACCAUCAGACACAGUAUCCUAAGAGUCCUGUUUACAAAGUGCGGAGGGAGUCGACGAACGCCUGUUCUUGGCCGAGCACGUUCACGCCGCUCCGACGUCAGCGGUGAAGCGCUUUCCACCGCAUUUCACUGAUUUAAGGAUCUUAUUUUUAUAUCGUAUGCAUAUAUUCUUACUACCCCCAUUUGAAAUAUCUACUUAUUUUCUCAUGUUAUUUGUGAAGUAUUCAGUUUCAUUGUUUGCGUUCAAUUAAACUUUUGUAUCAUUAAUUUGCAGUAUAAGUACUACAUACCGAUAUAUUUUGUCAUUGGAUUUGUAAUAAAAACGUUCCAUAUUUAGAAAAUGGGUCAACUCAGAGAUUGUACUUGCAAACUUUGUAAAGUAGAAUUAGUUUCAGCUCUUUUUGUUUUGUUUUGUUUUUUUUCUUCGGCAGACGGUUCUUUGAUCUGUGAGUAGUUUAUGGUCCUGCUCCCUACAAAGCUUUACUUAUUUGUCUACAAAGUUCGGAAAAUCCAGUUUUUUGGACGUGCAGUAAAUAAAACACCGCAUGCACACAGAAGCCAAGAUAAGGAUUAAAGUCAUCUGAAUCAGUUAUGACAUUAGAUAACAGAUCAUUUCACCACAGACUACUGUCAGGACAAAGAACUGUCUGACUCACAGUACAUCUGGAUUUAUCCCUUCAAGUGCCAAUAAAUCCCAAAUGCAAAA